AUGAAUUGUCAAAAACUCAAGGGUGUCACCGAACUUCGCAAGGGAUGCUCUUCGGAGUCAUCGCUCAAGGCGGCAUCUCGGCACUUCGAUCUCUUCCUUGAAGAGGUGAUUUCGUCCGGCACCAUUGGCGGAAAAGAGAAGCAGCAGCUCUUUCCAAUAAGAAGCAUCAAUAACAGCACAGAUAGCAACAACAUUGAUAACAGCGAAAGAUUGGAUGGUGAUGCGCAGACGCAGUACUCGUUCAAAACCAUCGCCGCGGAAAAGAUCAACGACAAACUGCUGAAUCUCUUUGCUGGAUAUUUGACAAGGGCUGAAAAACUCCGUGGGAAUAAGAACGAAACGCAGGACAAUUUCUCGGAUGGCAACGGAAUUUCGUACAACACGGCAGAACGAUACCUGAGCUCCAUUAAGAACGAGAUUCUUCGUCGUUGCCUUGAUUUGGGGCUAAAGAGAUCUUUCGACGAUGCGCAACAAACGCGAAUUCGCCAGUCCAUGACAAGACGUUUUGUUGAAAGAGCCGUCCGGAACAAGACGCCUCUGGCCAGAUCUCAUGUCACAGCUGCUCGGAACGACUUUCUUGUAAUUGCGUUUUUAUGUAUCUGGGACGGUUCUUUUCCGAUGGCGGAUAUGUUAUUUUAUCUUUUGACGCUCCGAUACUUAGCCGGCCGGGGCCAGGAAGUGGCCAUGAUAUCACGGUCUAGAGUUUCUCUUGGUGAGCCAUCAGAAUGGGCCGAUAGUGGUGACAAGACCUUUGUUGUGAGGCUGUGGAGGUCGAAAGUCAGCCACGAGCAGGAUCUUUCUAUUGUUCCUCACCAAAGUGAAAUGUUGCUUGAUUGGGUGUUUGCAUUUGCCUAUAGUGCUGUGAUGAAUACCAACCCAAACGACUCGUUGUUCCCGACCUUUGCCGAAAAAGUGGAGUUGCGCAAUUUAUCAGCUGGAAACAUCAAUGAUGAAGAAAUUGGAAAUGAGACUACCCAAGAUAGUACUUUGAAAGCAAAGGUAGAUUCCAGCAAAAAAGUCACCAAGUACUUUCAAGCACUUUUGGAGCGACUAAUUAAGACAAGCGAGGAGCUUGUAGGUCCGAACGAAAUGGCUAGAGCUGCCGGUUUGUAUCAGGAUGAUGAAGAUUUUAGCGAGGAAUUUGAUGGUAGCAGCUGCGUCGGUACAACUAGUGUCAACAAUGAGCCAGGAAUAUUCAAUCUGACAGGAGAAGAAGAAACGGUUGGAUUGGAUCCCCCAGCCAAUGCUGCCUAUUACUAUAGCGGUUUGCUUCAUAAGCACGGCAUUUCAGCCGGACUCUCAACACAUUCGGCUAAGCGCUCUGCAGUCGAAAUGGCAAAUGAAAGUGCUCUAUUGCUCACAACAUGGGUAUGCUUCCGGGCAGGAUGGCUGAUGAAAGCAGUGCAUACUAUUUUUGAUUACCUAUCAUUUAAUCCGAAAAAUGAUCGACAAGUUUCGAGGGUGUUCAGCGAAUGGAAUACGCCAUCUUUUCGUGGUGAGAUACUAGGUGGGCGUCCUCCAAGACUCCAUCCCAUUCGACUUCAGGGAUCCUAA